GAAAACACGUUUUUUUUUUCAAACAGUUCCUUCACAGUCAAAAUAUCCGUGGUUUCUUAGAUACUUUGCAAGCUAUUCAAAAACUUCACAAUUAUAUGUAUUUGAAAAACUUUACAUGCAUUUGUGUUGUUUAAAGCUCGAUGCGUGAUAAUUCAAACCUUAUUUUGGUUUCUACACGAACAUAUUUGAAUGUAACUCAGCGGAACCAGCAUGGUCGACUGCAUGUUUUUGCUCUUCGUGGGACAACUCUCGGCUAAUUUUGCUGCUUUUUAAAUUAAUUACACAUACAUUGAUGUCUUAUAGGAAUCCUAUGUGAUAACUUGGACACUGCUCCUUCGUUUUUAAUUGUUAUCAGUGAACUGUUCGUAUCUGUGGGUUAAAUCGUUGCAACUAGUCUACAGCACCAUGAAGAUCAAACGACAGAAGCAAGCUAAGAGAACAAUAAGUUUCUACAAAUACAACUUCAGUUUUCGGGAGCCCUUUCAAGUAUUAAUUGAUGGGACGUUUUGUCAAGCUGCUCUCAUCGGGAAAAUUCAGAUCAAAGAGCAAUUGCCAAAGUAUCUUAUGGGAGAAGUCGCACUAUGCACCACCAGCUGUGCUCUGAAAGAGGUCGAGACCCUGGGGAAGGACUUGUAUGGCGCUAAACUCAUUUUGCAGAAGUUUCAGAUAAGGAGAUGCCCACACUUCGAGGAACCUGUGUCAGCUUCUGAGUGCAUCUUGUCCAUGCUGGAAGGAACAAACCCACAUCACUACUUCAUUGCCACACAGGACAAUCGGCUGACAAAGAGCCUGAAGGAGAUCCCAGGUGUGCCGGUGAUGUACAUCAUCCAGAACACGAUGGUGCUGGACAAGCCUUCGGACUGUUCGGUGAAGCGCGUGGAAGCGGUCCUGGCAGGGGAGAUGCUGCCCACCUCCCAGCAGCACAGCAUCGACAAACUCAAGGAGGAGCAACUAGGCGUCGGGGAAGAAGGGGCGGACGAAGCCAACAGGCGGAAACGCAAGCGCAAGUCGGGGAACCCCAAUCCACUGAGCUGCCUGAAGAAGAAAAAGAAAGGACCCACGCAGCAGCCCACCAAGAGCGGCGGCAGUGGCGACGGAGAGAGCAACAGGAAGAAGAGGACGAGGCACCAUCGGAAGAGGAAACACGCUGCGCUGGGAGCAGGCGCCGGACAGACUGGCUCAGCCACAACAAACCCUGUCAAGUCAUAGGGUGCAUUCCAAUAUGAGACCUUGCGUCCUCCACUUGUGCUUGUGGCCUCAUGUUUUGCUGAUGCCCUGCCUCCGUGGAGAAAACAAUUCAGUUUCCCUGCGGUCAGCUUAGCCACAACAAUUUUUGGGGGACUAUUCUUCAUUCACCAUCCAGUUUGCAAAUGAGAAAAUGACUUUACAAUUGAGAUUUUGCGAGAUAUUGAAAUAUAAUGCUGUUGUCAGUGAUGUCAAUGUGUCUCUGUAUGGCUCUGGGGGACAUUCGAGGUUGUUCAGUGACGAGGGAGGUUGAAUUGACAGGAGGUUAAGUGGCCAACAGAAGAUCCUCAUUGUCUUCACUAAAUGACACACAGACUACCUGCUUGGCAGAUUCACUACUUCCUGUAGCUCAACAUAUCUUCUUGGGGUUGGAGGCUGUGUUUGACAGUGGACUGUUGUGCCAUUUUUGUUAACAAUUCUAAUGGAGUAUGCAAGAGACUUAAUUUAAUUCCUCAGUGUUUUAUAUAAACGUCAUGCAAAUGA